GUGGCAUCGUUACAAUCAAGUUCAGAAAGAACUCAGUCCAAUUGCAUCUUGGAGGCUGUUGAAGUGGCAGAAAUUAUUCCUCAUGUGGUAAUUCAUAAGGCACCUUCUGGGGCAGAACUUACUGAAACUGGUAGUUCAUGCUCAUUAGGUCAUGGAAGCCUUUCAGCCACCGAUAGUUUAGAUGUUCAGAAGUCAGUAAGUGGCACUUCUGUUGUAGCACCACCUGAAUCAACAGAGGAAAGAGUUGCUUAUAUAAGGACACCCAGUCAAGAUGAAAUCAGUGGUGAAGUUUCAGUAGUUAUAGUCAGAUCCCAAAGAGUGUCUCCUCGCCAUUCAAGUGGAGAUAUCUCUAAGAGAGCUUCCUCCGAGCAGCUUCAGGUGCCAACCUCUGGCCUGGCAUCCACUCCCACAGUGUUAGUAGAAGACACUACUGAACUGCUGAUAAGUCAUGAAGACGUGUCUUCAGAGAAAAAAUCAGACAUAGCUCAAUGUUCAAGUGACAGUAUAUUAGAGAGGGAGGAGGCAUGCGAGAUGGCAACAACCAGAGCAUCACCACCACCACCUACACCAAGUGGCCAGCACAUCGCUGAGAUGGUGAAGUCAGACAAGAGACUCAAAUCUCCAGUGUUAUCCCUCAUUUCAUCAUGUGCAUCUGAGAAAUCAAAUAAAAUUUCAGUUGAUGGUAUGCUUGAAGUGACGUUGACAUCUUCACAGCCAAGCUUAGAAAGUAUUCAACCCCCUUCCAUGUUGAAAAGCGCUGACGAUUCAGAAAUGAGUCCUCAUAUUUUGAUUAUUCAGAAGGAACCCUCAAUAGUGGAAAAUCCUGAAUCUGAUAUGACAACAGGGGUGUUGGUGAAAAUACCACCUGCAGCUUCCAAAAUUGCACUGGAUGAUGUAAAACAUUUAGCCUAUGACACUUUGGAUGUUGAGAAGUCAGAAAGUGACACUGCUGUCGUGGCAUCACCUGAAAAAGAACAAAGAACUGUUUAUAUACGGAUACCUAGUCAAGAUGAAAUAUGUGCUGAAGUUUCAGUAGUAAGUAUCAAAUAUCCACAAUUGUCUCCUCGCCAUUCAAGUGGAAAUGUCUCUGAGAGAGUUUCCACAGAGCACCUUCAAGUGUCAACCUCUGGCCUGGUGUCAGCUCCCACUGUCCCAACGUCAGCAAAAGACGUUUCAGAGGACACUUUCAAGAUGCAAGCAAAUGGAAUUGGAUCUCCCAUAACAUCAUCAACAUUCAGUGAAGGAUCUUUUCACCUGGAUCCAUCACAGGGUUUCAGCCCAGUCAGAAGUCCCUCUGCUAUCCUUCUAAAAACAAAAGAUCAUCUGAAAGAAGCUAAAAUAUCUUGUGAGGAGAUGCUGGCACAGGACACAACAAAAAUAUUGUCUCAAGAAAAGAUUCCAUCCCCAGGAUUAUCCCCUAUGGUCUCUGAAAUUAUAGGUGUCUGGUGUGACAAUUUAUCUGAAGAGCAGCAGGAUGAAACGGAUGAAUCACUGGAAGGCCUGUUCCUUAAGUGGCCUAGAAAAGCAUGUGUGUCAGCAGAGUCAUUGGACUUGGAAACUGAGACUGACAUAAAUGAAGUGGCAAUUGUGGAGGAAGUGCAUCAGCAGUCUUCCAAAACCGACUUCGCUGAAAAUCUAAAAAACACCAUACCUGCUGCAACAACAAUAUCUGCUACAGCCUUGAUAGCACCUUCUACUAGAAUACCAAGUAAAGACAGUGUAGAGGUGAUGCCAACACUAUCAAGAGAGAAAAUCACAUCUUCUAGAUUGUCUCCUAAAUCAUCCUAUGUUCUACAGAGGUCGUCUCCUGAUGGACAUCAAAGCAGAUGUCUAUCACCACUGUCAAGCAGCGUAAGAGGCCAUUCCCCAGAGAGACUGGAAUCUCCUCGGUCAUCGCCAGUCACAGAGUUUCUGUCCUCAGUUGAAUGGGCAACACAGACUUCCAGAUCAUCACUCCCUAUUAUUGAUAAAGCCACACAGAUGUCUAGAACCUCACUCCUAUUAAUCAGUCAAGCCUCUCAAACAUCAAGAACACUGUUAGCAGGGGCUAAGCAAGAAUCAAGACCAUCAUUUCCAUCUGUUGAUCAAGAGACUCAGAUAUCCUGGACAUUGCCUCAGGGUAUUGAUAAGAGAACUCAGAUAUCAAGAACACCAGUGACAUCUUCUGACCAGGGCUCACAAAUGUCAUCAGUCAAUCUGCACAAUCAGGGCACACAGAUGAUUAUUCCGCAAGAGGUGUCAGUAACUGAAACGACUGUUGACUCAAGGAAAUUGACUUGCCAAUCCUCAUCAGCUGGUAAUUGGGAUGAUGGAAAGCAGUCUGCACAUGAUAUCAGUCCUGGAGGUUUUAAGGAGGCUGAAGAAACGCAGAAGGAUAAGAUAUGGACUCUCUACCACUUAGGACAAAAGAACGAUGAAGGGUUGUUGUCCACACAAGUACUGUCUGAACCUCCAUUUAAUGGAGAGGCCUACAUCCGAAACUUUGGGACAGGGGCUGUCCUUCUCUCAGAGCGGCGUAGAGAGAGACUGAAACCACUUUCAGCCCCUAUUAGGGGGAGGCUAGUUUCAGCCAGUGCUUUUAAGCCUGGGCAGAGGCCAUCCUCCCUCGGACCUAGUGAAGUGGUCAUCCGGCCCCCUCAUCCACCAAGCAGGUCCUCCUCAACUCUGCCUGACUAUGUGUUGGUGGUGGACACUGAGACUGUUAAUCUGGACAAUUUCUUUAAUGCACCAGGAACAAACCAAGUCCAAACAAAUCCCUUGGCUUGGAUGUCCAGUCAAUUUUGAUAAACAGAUGCCCUUGUUUUCCAUCCCUCUCUAUUUCAAGAGAAAAUGUAUUAUAACUUUACUGGUGACCAAGUUCAGCUUGGUAUUGAUAGUGGUACAUUUUCUUGAGGCUUUGAAAUAAAGACCAAUGAACUAG